CGAAUAAUUACUGAAUAUAUUGCUUCAGUACCAAAAGAAUAAGCAAAGUAAUUGUUGCACAAGUAAAAUGACUAAGUUAAAUAUAGUGGUAAUAACUGCUUUUUGUUUAUUAAAGGAUUUAACAAAUGCAGCCAAUACUUGUGAUGUAGCGCAAACAUGUGUGACAGAUCUAUCAGAAGCAAAUUGUACUAGUCAAAAUAUGGUUCUAGUGCGAAAUUCCAAUAUAUUCGGAUGUUGUCCCAGCUGUCAGCCACCAACUGGUACACCAGAUACUGGAUGCACUGCUCCGGCCAACUGUCUUCCAGAUGGGCGGUACGCACCUGUUCAAUGCAAAGGCGAUUUAUUUAACGGAAGGUGUUUCUGUAGCGACGAAAAUGGGAAGAGAAUAUUUGGACAAAUGUGGAGAGAUCAAGCUAGUGAAAUGACUUGUGCAUGCAGCAGAAGGAGAGCCGAAUUAGAGGCAACGGAAAGAAGAAGCAUAACACUUCAUUGCACACCUAAUGGGGACUAUGAACCGCUGCAGUGUGACGAUGGUAUGUGCUGGUGUGCGGUUCCUAAAACUGGCCAACCCACUGUCACACCAGUACCGGAGAAAGAUAUGACACAAUUGCCUUGUUACAGUGCAGGAGCAAUUGGCGAGUCAUAUCUAAGACGAUGUGAAAGCAUAGUUCAGAGUUUUAGAAACAUACACCAAGAGCAAUCGGAACACGGAACAUUUUUCAUUGGUAAUCCAACCACAUUCUGCGACUACGACGGUAGCUACGGACCUUAUCAGAUACAGAAUGGAAUCGCCUAUUGCACUGGUCGAGAUGGUAAAAUUUUAGGCUCUUGGCAGAUUAUGUCAAACUUAAUGACUGGAAUGAAUUGCAACUGCGCCCGUGAUACGAUGAUAUACUUCCCAGCGAGCGGAAAGACUGUCACGGAGGUAUGUCGGGAGAACGGAAACUAUCAGCCGAAUCAGAAGGCGGGCGACGUGUACUACUGUGUGGACAGCGAUGGUUACAUGACAGAGGAAGGUCUGAUGGACGCAUGGCCAGAUGAUCACUGUUUACGUUAUGAUCCUAUGUAUGACUAAAUAUUAGUAAUGAAAAAUAUAAUGGUUUACUUGCGUAUAUAUUUAGUAAUAAUUCUA